GCACAGAGGGACAUGACGGGCAGGGAGGAGAGCUGUGAGGCAGGGGCUAGCCCGCUGCUGGGGGACUUCCCCCCCGCCGCCAAGGAGCCGGGGAAGAGCGGCCGCGCCAGGAGCUUCGCCAUCACCGACCUGCUGGGACUGGACUGCGGGACUGAGUCCUCACCGCCGCCGCCGCCGCCGCCGCCGCCCCUCGUCCCCGCCGGCCUGGGACUCCUGUGUAGCCGCUCCCUCAGCGCUUUCCGCCCGCCGCAGCCAGUAAUCCUGGACAUGCUGUCCCAUCUCCACGCCAGACCCGUCGCCGCCACCGCCGCUCACAACCACCUGCCCUCGCUGCUCCGCACCAUCGCACUGCACGAAGCGCAGCGGCCGCACCUGCACUCCGAUGACGAGAACAUGUCUUGUGAUCACAGCGACCCAAAGUAUACAGCGGCAUCGCAGGUGAAGAGGAAGAAGAGGCGGCACAGGACUGUGUUCACAGCGCAUCAGCUGGAGGAGCUGGAGAGAUCCUUUAACGAGGCUCACUAUCCGGACGUGUAUGCCAGGGAAAUGCUGGCGAUGAAGACGGAGCUGGCAGAGGACCGGAUACAGGUGUGGUUUCAAAACCGAAGAGCGAAGUGGAGGAAGAGGGAGAAGUGUUGGGGCCGGAGCAGCGUGAUGGCUGAAUAUGGACUGUACGGAGCCAUGGUCAGGCACUCCAUCCCUCUGCCCGAGUCCAUCCUCAACUCCGGCAAGAACGGUUUAGUGGGAUCUUGUGCCCCCUGGCUGCUUGGAAUGCACAAGAAAUCUAUUGGCCCAACAAUGAAAGGUAAAGGCGUGGAGUGUGUGAGAGAGGAAUUUGCGGAGAGCAGCGACGAGCCACCGCUGAUAGAGGUGGGUACGGACCAGGAGCCUGUAACUGUCCGCAGUGAGGAUGGCAGCAUGGCAUUGGAUCUGUCCAGCACGGAGAAAGCAGCGGGCAAGAGCGGCAGUUCAAAGCAAUGCUUUGCCAAGCCCUCCGACGCAGAGAGCGGACAUAGAGGAGGAAAGACCAAUUAAGCCGUGGCGCUGGCAUUGCCCGAGCUGAUGGGACAGUGCAAGGGAACAGCUCCUCAUGGACUUACUCUACACAACACGUUCUCAUAGUGGUGACAGUCGCCACAACAACGGAGGACAAACAACUCAUUUACCUCUGCUAUCGAGCUGCUACAUCUAAGACCUAGUAUUACUAGGAUAGUCCAAUGCAAUAUGAUGAUGAUAGAAAGGAAAUGUCAGAGGAAAUCGCAGCAAAAUUCAGAUGCACCCUGUCUCCAUCCCUGCCCACCAUGAGUGGAGGGAGGUGACCGAUAUCCUUUUGGAAAUAAAGGGCACAGGGGUGGUAGAUGAGAAUAUAAUCCUGGGUAGGUGGCUGAAUGAGUGGGAUAAACUCAAACACAAGAUGGUAUCCAUUGGAAAGGAAGAUAGGGCAUAACUGGCAGAGCCGUGGCCUCACAGCGCCAGAGACCAGAGUUCGAUCCCAACCUCGGGUGCUGUCUGUGUGGAGUUUGCACGUUCUCCCUGUGACAUUGCGGGUUUUCUCCGGGUGCUUCGGUUCCUCCCACAUCCUCCCAUAAAGGCACGCGGGGUUGUAGGUUAAUUGGCGAGGUUGUGAUGUGAAUCUGUGGUCAGGUUUGUCCUCACUGGUGCUGUCCCUGUACACAGUCCCCAAUUGCCAUUGCAUAGGAGGGGUGCCAUUGCACCAUUGUUUCAGUG